AUGCCUGUGGAGACUCUCCAGCACCAUCUGAGGCAACCAGCGAGGAAUGCUGUAGCUGCUACACCUCCACGCUUGCGGCCAAAGGGGCCCGUGGGUCCAGACUUCUACCGGCAAUGCCUGACCGCAGCAGAGAGACCAAAGCAGAGUGCAGUGGAGAGGCUGGAAGCAGACAAGGCUAAAUAUGUCAAGAGUCAGGUGGCUCUCUCUAAGCAGCAGCCAGUGAGGCCUCCUGAAGUGCAGAAGCCUCUGUUAAGCCCCAGAACCGCUCUGCGGCCCACCAGGAAGGCACCGACCCCAACAAAAGCAAAGCAGGAGGGCGCCCAGCUCAAUUUGGAGCACCUGAGUAACCUCAUCAGCGAUGUGACCGAUGGUGCUGCUGUGAGCUCAGAGGACAGUAAAGCUCCUGAUUGUGCUGCCACUGCACAUAGCUCUCCUUGUCCCAAACCUGCACAACAGAAAAAGGUCCCACCAUGUCCACCUCCCCGUCCCGCCUGGUCCAGUCAGGCUAAAGUGAGAUUAAAAGCAUCUGGGCCUGCAAGAGUAGAGAGUCCAGGCUCUGCUGGGGCUCCGGUUGCAGGGACUGUGCGCAGGGUGGAUGUCAUGCCUCAGACCAGCCCUGCGAGGACACCCAGCAGACCCCCUCAGUACAUCCGGCAGCCCCUUCAGCCCAUACCUUUACAUUCCCAGUUUCCACUCCACCCGGCUACUUCACAGCUGCAUCUCUUCCACCUCAGAACAACACCAGGUCCCUCUCCUGUGAAACCUGUUGUUGCCCCAUCUAAACCCGACAACCCUGAAACCUCCGUCCCCGCUGCACCUCCCCCCAGCCUCCCUGUUUUCCCCCCUCCCUCCCCAGCAAUCACCCGUUUGUCUUCCUCCAGCUCCAGGAAACAUCGCCCCUCUCUGACCCGCUCUAAAUCAGACAUGAGUGACAGAUACUCCCGAGCCGGAACAGAGCUGGAGCGCUUCUUCAACUUGUGCGGUUUGGAUCCCGCAGACCUGCAGGACUUGACUGGUUCUAGUUCUGACAUUGUCUCCCUCGCCCGUUUCCGCAGUGUGAGCGCUCCGGGGUCUGAGUGUGCAGGCUCUGACAGAGAAGAGGAAGAUGAUGAGGAUGAGGAUGCUGGGAAAGUUACAGAGCGUGUUCCCUACGGGGUUUCUGUCAUUGAGAGAAAUGCAAGAGUGAUUAAAUGGCUCUAUGGACUCCGUCAGGCCAAGGACAAUGCAAGUAAGAGUACAAAUUUAUAG